ACUUAUACACUUGUAUCACCAGCUUUACAUCAAUCACCAUGAUUUCGUUCAGCACCAGUCUUCUUCUCGCUAUUGCCGGCAGUGCUAUCGCCGGCAACGUCCGUCCUUCCUACGGCUACGGUUAUGGUGGCUCCUAUGGCUAUGGCCUCGGCGGUUCCUACGCCGUCGCAGGGUCCCCUCUAGUCUCUGGGGUGGCGGCUUACCACGCCGCCCCCUCCUACUCCGGCUACUACCAGACUGCUCCGGUCGGGCUGGCCAAGUACGCCACUUAUCACGGCGCUCCGGCAGUAACGGCUGUUGCAGCGCAUCCAGCAUAUGCCACGUAUCGGACUGCGCCUGCUUUUGCUAGUGUCUACCAUGGGGCUCCCGUCUACGCCGCCGCUUCUACAGUCUCCGGGUUGAACAGAUACGCCAGGUACAGCGCAGCCCCUGUUCUUUCCGCCUACCACGCUGUGCCGGCAGUGUCCGGGUACGCCAAGUAUGCCGCAUACAAUGCGGCUCCUUUAGCUGCUUACCACGCCGCCCCCGCUGUUGCCACCUACCACGCUGCUCCUGCCGUGGCCGCUGUCCAGGGUGUCUCCAGGGUCUCCAGGGUUGAUCCAUUCCACGCAAGCCACCAGACCACUGUUCACGCGACUCCAGCCGUGGCGGCCGUUCACGCUCCACUGUCUACCGUUGCCCACGUUCCGGCCUACGGAGCUUACGGAUACGGAGUUGGCGCUCUAGGAUACGGUCAUGGACUCAGCACUCUAGGAUACGGUCAUGGCGUUCACCCUCUUGGAUAUGGACAUGGUCUCUCCCCUUAUGGUCACAACUACGCCUAUGGCCUCGAUAGCCUCAACUACAAGGCUCUCGUCCACAAAAAGUAAAACAACAUGCCAAGCAUCCAGGGGGCACAAGCAUCACGAACCACUGAAAAAUUACUUCGAUUGAACUGAAAAUAAAUACUACCGCUAUCCUAACCAAA